AUGCAGCACAACUGGUCUUUCCGUCGCUCCGUAAAUUUUCAUUCGCGGCAAAGCCAAGCCUCUCCACUGCCAACAAAUUAUUCCUUGUGCCUGAUAGAUAACCCUCGCAACGUCCUUCCCUGUAUCCCACGUCACAGCGUCCAAAGCAUGUCUGACGCACCAUCCGAUGACCAGGACUCUCGAAUCGCCUCUCUAGGCGCCCAACGUACCCGCUCCACCGCAAACUCGAGCGCGCACUCCUCCCGACACACCUCGCGCGAACCUCCAAGCAAACGACAAAGACGAAGUCGGAAAACACCGACUGACGAUGUGCAAGACUUUGUUCCGCGCGGCGCGACCUUCAGUGCAAACUCGCUAGACGUUGACCCGGUCACGUCACCUGUGGAAGCUUCUGCGGCGGAUUCACACUCCGCCAGCGACGACUCCUCGUCUGCCAGUGAGAGUAGUAGUAGCGGGAGUAGCGAGAGUGGGAGCGAAAGCGAAAGCGAUAGCGAUAGUGCUAGUGAGAAGGAGAACACGAGACCAAAUGCGAACGCCAAUAUGGGAAGUGCACCGGCGCCGAACUGGAAUAAAACGGGGAAGAGUGUGAUUAGAACCUCGUUGCGGAGUCGGCAACGACAAAGCGCGAGAACGAGUACAGAGCCUGCUUCUGCAAUCACAGCGAACCAUAAGCAAAAUGCGUCUGUUUCAUCUGACGGAGAAAGAAAAAGGGAAAGGGGGGAGGGCGCUUCGGUCGCGGAAGGCGAGAGUAACACUCAGGCGCUCAGCCCGGAAGAGGGCGAAGUCGACGAAGACAAGGAAGCCUCUGCAUCCUCAAAACCCAUUAUCUCUGACGACUCGGAUGACUCCGAGUCACUGGAUUCAGAGGCCGACGACUCCAUCAUGCUGAACACCAUCAGUUCAAGAGGCCAGGAUCGGGAUCAGAAUGGUGUGAUCUCGAUUUCCGACGAUGACGAUGACGACUAUGAUCCAGUCAAUGCAAUGAUUUCGAGGAACCAGGGCCAAUUCAAGGACGAUGCGAUCUCGAUUUCCGACGAUGAUAGCGCAGACGGUUACGAUCCCGAGACUCUUUCUAUCAACGGUGAUGGUUACGAUCCGGAGGCUCUUCCCGUCCUAAACAACCCUGCUAAAGAUAAUAGCAUUCGCAGCAUUCAAAAUGGAUCUGGGGAUGGCGCAAAAGAAGAUGCCUUUGCUCGCUUCUCGCAAAAGUACCCCGCCGCGCCUCUUAUUCUUGCUGAUCUCGAUCGCGAGGACCUGGAAACACAAGCUCGGACUAUGUUUUAUGAUCGAGAUAUCAACGACGUCAACCUGCAGUUACCUAUUACAUGCAUAGAGUGCUUGCGGGAGGGCCAUCUCGCCGAAGUCUGUCCUACGAAGGAGUGUGUUCACUGCGGCGCUUGGAACAAACAUCAAAGCACCCUUUGCCCUCGAUGGCGCCGAUGCCAGCGAUGUCGCGAACGCGGCCACGAUCAGAAACAGUGUCCCUCCGCUUUAAAGAGCUCAGCAAACGAAACUCCCUGUGACUUGUGCGGAUCUCAAGAACACACCGAACUCGACUGUGGCUACCUUUGGCAACUUCCGCGUCCAGACACAACCGCUCAGCCGGUCCUGGUCUCCAUCUCCUGCGCCAACUGCCUCAGCAGCCACCAUUUAAUAGGUGACUGCCCCACUCCGACCAGGCCAUUCACCAGCUCGACAACGUUCACGCUUCGCGGAAUUGACCCGGAGAUCAUCACAAAUAUCAACUCUGUCGUUGGCCCUCAACGCGGCGGCGGACCCAGCAUACCAUCAGGCCGCCAGCAAGGCUUGAAGAUUCGAGGGCGAGCCGACCAGGCACGUUCCCCAUCUCCCGAAAGCGACGAUAUGAUGUCUCGCGUCGGCAAAAAGGGGCCAAUCGGCGGGAACCGUAAUGCGAAUAGAGGGAAUAUCAACAUUCGGAUCGGUGGUAGUGCCGGGAAGAAUAGGAAUCCGGGACCCCCUCCGCCGCCGCCAGCUAGGGAUUACCGAGACCGAGAGGACGCAUAUUCGAGGAAUUAUAAUCCUCGUCAGCGAUCGAUGUCCCCUGGUCGGGACAGGAGGCCUGGGAGGGGAAGAGGAGGUUGGCAGCCGGGGCCGCCAAGGUCUCCGCCUCGUGGCCAGGGGCGGCCGCCUCCUCCCCGCCCAGGUCGAGGUGGUGGUCGUGGGAAUGGACGUGGACGCGGUGGAGGUCACCGAGGUGGAGGAGACUCAUCUUACCGGCCUAUGCCUAGUGCGGCUAAGAAGGCCUGGGACAAAUAUCGGCUGUGA